AGAAUAGCGCGCGCCGGAGCGGAGGAGCAGCCGAGCUCUUGUUCUCUCUCUCUCUCUCUCUCCCUCUCUCUCUCUCUCUCUCCCUCUCUCUCUCCUCGAACCUGUCGCCGGUGUUUUGGUUCGUGGUUAUGUCGCGUUCGCUCGGACUGAGGCGAACCGGGCCGGACUGAGCCGGGCCGGGCCUGGGGGGAGGGACCAUGUCGGCGCUGCGGGAGAGCGAGUGUUACGGACUGUCCAGCGCCAAGCUGAGCGGCGGCAACGUCUCCGUUCUUCAUGUCAAACUCACUGACAGCGCGGCAAGAGCCAUCGGCACCUUCCAACACGACGAGGGCUUGUCUUCUCAACCCACAAUCUGUUUUACUGGAAACAAGGGGAGAAUCUCGAUCCCUUGCUCUGAUAACAGAGACGACGUGAGGACAUUCACCUUUGGCGUGACGAACGUCGCCCGCGACAAUCCGAAUGGAAGCUUCGACUGCGUCCGACAGCCCUGCACUGGUGCUGCCAAGGAGCUGUCUUGUCUCGGGGUGAUUCAGAAGAAGAUGACGGUCAACGCCACGGAUGACUCGUACGAUAAGGCUCGUCAGAGCAUGGCCCAAGCUGAGGAGGAGACACGCAGCCGAGGGGCCAUCGUCAUCAAACACGGCGGGCGCUACCAGGGCAAGAAGGUAACGGUGCGAGCCCCGGCGCCCGCGCUGGCCAGCCUGACCAAGCCCAGACAGUCGCCCCAGUCUGUACUCGGCAACAUUAAGAAGGGGGGUGGCGGCGGCGGCGUGACCAAGUUGAAGAAGGGCGCCUGUGCGUCGCACCGGAGGAGCGCGGGUGAUGUGCAGGAGAGGCCGCUCAGGGAGAGGCUGACGCACCUGCUGGCUCUGAGGCCGUACAAGAGGCCCGAGUUGAUCCUGAGGCUGCAGAGGGACGGACUCUCAGCGGAGGACAAGGACACGCUGUACUCCGUAGUGACCGAGGUCGGUCAGCUCAACAGCAGAGACAACACGUUUGUUCUGAAGCAGAGUCUGUAUAAGGAGCUGCAGAAGGACUGGCCCGGCUACACCUCAGGAGACCAGCAGCUCCUCAAACGGAUCCUUGUCAGGCGGCUCUUUCAGCCACAACCGAACCUGCUCACUGCCCCAGAGGCCCAGGUCAGCCCACUGCGAGACACCCCCAACUCGUCCCCUGCACACCGUCCCAAACUCUCCCUGCCCGAGGAAUACACCGACCCGCUGGCCAGCAAGAAGCCCAGGAUAUCCCACAUGUCCAGCAAAACCGCCAGCGACAAAUCGAAAUUUAAGCCGACUGAACAGGUGUCUCAUAAAGACGGUAUGGACACGAGAGCGGACGACGGGCAACGGAACCCGCUCGACCCUCGGAGGCUGUUUGACUCCCUGUCGGUCGUCUGUUGGCGGGAAGAAGAGGUGGCGGAGAGGCUUGAGUCAAUUCCCUGUGCUCGGGAGGAGCCUGAGAGCCCGGAGGUCCCCCCUCAGCCCAACUCAGACGGCCCCCCGUCCCCCCUGAUAGUGCCUGAUCUGAGCAGACACACUGCGAAAAGGACAAAGAGGAAGAAGAGCAAACACAAACACAGAGACCAGGAGAAGGAUCGGUGGAGGGGUGUGAAAGAAAGGAGGAAAGAUCACGGUUCACGGGACCCAAACAGUACAGUCUUGCUGGGCUGUUCGGAGCCGAGUGAAAUCUUGUUUGACUGUAAUGUGCCUCAAGUGGACAGUGACUCAGCAGAUUAUAUAUUGACGUACACUGCGAUUUGCAGCCACGACCAGAGGCAGAGCUACAAGCAGGACUUCAACAAGGAGUACAACGAGUACAGAGAUCUACACGCCCGCAUCGACGGCAUGACGCGGCAGUUCAUGGAGUUGGACACGCAACUCAAACAGCUUCAUGAGGAAUCUCAUAAAUACAAGAGGGUUCAUAAUCAAAUCCUUCAAGAGUAUCGCAAAAUUAAAAAGUCCAACCCGAACUACAACCAGGACAAGAGUCGCUGCGAAUAUCUCCACAACAAGCUGGCCCACAUCAAGAAGCUCAUAUCGGAGUACGACAAACACCAGCUCGCAGUGGACCGACCCUGUCCCAAAUGAAGAGCCUGUAAGCCUGCGAGUACAGUAAACGCUGAACUGGAUGCCAUCGAGCUGGAUUUGGAUGGUCACGGCUAAAUGUGAGACCUGCUGGAGAUACCAGUGGGGUCGUUUGUGAAGAGGUGGCAGCGGGGGCGUCGGGUGAAAGCAGCACUAUGAAAUGAGACGUUUUGUCAGAGGAGGAAAUAUAGUUGACUAAAUGAGCUGCUGCUGCUAAGGUGACACGGUCCCGCCAAGGACACGAGGAGAAACAGUAGUUCCACUGAUGCUCCCAAAAGGCUCUUAUUCUUUAAAAGUGAAAACGGUUACACGAGGAGUGAAGGUGCUAAACCUAAAAAAUAAAUUUAAAAAACUGUCGAUCCCCAUUACACAUUUUAGUUAUUUCAUGAAUGAUAUGUUAACAUCCAAUUGAGUAUUUACUUAUGUGUUCUGUCGGCACUAUCCAUCUUCAUUUUGUAACUGCGAAGGGUUCUUAAUGCCGAGUGUUGGAGAAUAGAUGGCAGCUGGGAUGCAGAGGUGCACAACGUGAGAAGAUGUCUGUCCAUCAGAAUCUUUGGGUUCGGUUGAAUCAAGAUAUUUAUCAGUGUCACUGACGUUUCUCCUCAGUUCAGGCCUCAGUAAUGUAACUCCUGAAUGUUUGUCUGGUGCCUGAAAUGGUUGUGGUUUGGCUUCAAAGUAUUCUGCUGGUGUUAUCCAUCAUGUGAAUUCCAUAUUUUUAUUUUUGGUAGGGGGGGGGGCACAGAAGACUGUUAUGUUGAACAUAAUGUGACCUUGAAGUUGUAUUCAGGAAAUUUUACAGUGUGAGCUGCAGUAAAAGUAUGAUGAUUAAAACCUGUUUUGAUGUAGAGUUUCAAGAAGUCACGGCGUCAUUGUUACUGUGGGAUGAGGCAGUGAAGAAUUAAAAAAAUGGAGUCAA